UGUAUCCCAGCGGUGCACUGCUCCCCUCCUCUCGAGCUCUCCCAUGGUUACCUGGUUGCUGUUCAGAGGAAGCAGUAUGAGGCCGGGGAGGUCAUCUACUACCUCUGCAGGAAGGGCUUCCUAUUGGACGGCUCCAACCGCGUCAUCUGCCAAUCAAACGGCACCUGGAGCCCGACCCCCUUCUGCCGAGCCCGCUGUGCAAUCCCGGCUCAGCGCAGCAGAGUCUUAUAUAACAAGCAGAAGCUGUGGCCCUAUGAGGUGCAGGGGGGGCAGGUACAACACGGGGAGGGCGUGUCCUUCUUCUGCCGGGACGAGGCGAGGCGCUGCAGCUACACCAUCCAAUCAGAGUGCUUCGACGGGACCCUGCCACUCCCACCCUGCUAUGACGAGCCCACAUGGCUGCAGUACAAGCUGUUCACAGACAGAGUGGUGUCUGAAAUCAAACACUGUGACGAGGGAAACCAAUGAGAGGAGUGGGGGGGGGGGGGGGGGGGGGGGGGGGGGGGCACAGAUACAUACACAUUAUUAUAAUAAGCUCUGCCCUAAGUGCUGUGGAGGGAGAGCAGGGAGGCGAGAGAGAGAGGGAGAGGACAGAGACGGGCACAGAUGCAAAUAAUUGCAAUAAGAAAACUGUACCCCACAAGUGCAGUGUUACCCCUACAUGCCUGUGGGGGGGGGGCUUUUUUCACUUUAUCUCAAAAUUGAGUUUCUCUUUUGGACUUCAGAGACCCAGCUCACAUUGAAUGGAAUACAUUAAAACAAGCAUCAACAAUGUCUGUGUAUAGUCACUUCAAAUAAAUAAAAUACAAACUCAAAGACUUA